UACCGGAACUUGAGCGGCGGAGCUUUCGACUUCCGGUUCUUUAAUAAACUGUUGACAAGUGAAAUGGGAUGAAGUCCACCGAAGAAAUUCAAACCGCUGAAUGAAACGGGAUUAAAGCCAUACAGGCACAAUGAGCUGGAUUCCGUUCAAGAUUGGCCAGCCCAAGAAGCAGAUUGUCUCCAAAACCGUUGAAAGAGACUUUGAGCGUGAAUAUGAGAAACUACAAAAGCUCGAGGAUCAGACGAAGAAACUUCACAAGGACAUGAAGAAGAGCACUGAGGCUGAUAUAGCCAUGUCCAAGGCUGCUGUGAAGAUCUCUGCAGACCUGCUGGGUAACCCUCUGUGUGAGCAGGACCAGGUCUUCCUGGAGUCCAUGACUGCUCUGGAUACCGCCAUGAGGCGCAUGGACUCCUUCAACCUGGAGAAGGUCAACCAGAUCCAGAAGACCGUCAUCGAUCCUCUGAAGAAGUACAGCGGAGUCUUCCCUAGCCUCAACAUGGCGGUGAAGCGGCGGGAGCAGGCGCUGCAGGACUACAAGCGGCUGCAGUCCAAGGCGGAGAAGUACGAGGAGAAGGAGAAGACUGGGCCCAACAUGGUCAAGCUGCACCAGGCCAGGGAGGAGCUGCGGCCGGUCAGGGAGGACUUUGAGGCCAAGAACCAGCAGCUGCUGGACGAGAUGCCAAAGUUCUACCAGAGCCGCAUCGACUACUUCCAGCCCAGCUUCGAGGCCCUAAUCCGGGCCAGGUGAGUGGACACUCACUCACUCGAUUACACUGGGAGACACACACACAAAGGGACUCGCACGCACUCACACAGGGACACACACACACAUUGGGACACAGAGGGCCAGGUAGAGGGGGGUGGUGAAAGGCAUCGUGCCCCCUCAGGCUGCUGAUGUGAUCAGGCCCUGAUGAGGGCCCCACUGACUGACUCCCGGGCCCCUCUCCGGCCUGCUGCCCUCAGACCUGGGGCUCCUGGCUCUUUAACAGCAGCUGGACGUCUGGGGCAGCGCCACCGCCGUGCCAGACCAGUCUAGACCAGACCAGACGAGACGAGAGCCAUGUCAUUUCCUCUCUGGAAAAGCCACUGGCACACACCGCUAAUUAGCAAAGCAGAUUAACCCGGGCGUAAUGAGAGCGUAGGCUCUGCUGCGUGUUGUACCUUAAUUAGUGCACAGUGACACGCAGUUAAAUAAAGGGACUGCGUACUGCCAGCGACGCUGUCGUAGCGUGUCUCCGCCAUUGUUUGCUUCGAUCUCCCUC